GCCAUGUUUUUCUCCAUCUUCUUCCUCCUCUUCCUCCUCUUCCUCUCCCUCUACCUCUACCUGUCCUUCUCAGGGAUCCCUGAAUUUGCCCACCCUUCAUUUGUCCAUCAUUUUUGCUCUUUGGAAUCUGUUCUUCUCUGUCUCGAUAUGCCUUCUCCUUUCACAUAGCUUCAUAUUUCUUCACAUUCACCCUCUUUACGCGCAGGUCAUCUUUCAUCUCUUUCCAUUUUUGUGUUUCACUAGUUUUAGUAAUGAAAUUACCGUUUCCUAUGAUCCUAUCUUGGUUGGCUGUGGAUAUUUCUUAAAUUUGUCAAUAGGAAAUUCCAUUUUGGCAUCUGGGUUUUGGUGAUUUUGAGCUUCUGCAAGCUAAUUUGUUUUGGAGGCUUUCCACUGGUUGCUUCUGGUUUUGUGAUGUGGUUCUUGGGACGUAUUGGGAAAAUUCAUGUAGAAGCGUGUUGGUGAAUGGGGUUUGUGUUGAAUUUGGGAGAUAAAUAAGAAGAUGAAAAGGGGGAGAGAUGAUGAGAAGAUUAUGGGACCGAUGUUCCCUAGGCUUCAUGUUAACGAUACAGAAAAAGGAGGUCCAAGAGCACCUCCCAGGAAUAAGAUGGCCCUCUAUGAGCAACUGAGUAUUCCUUCUCAGAGGCUCAAUCCUGGGGUCGUGCCUCUUAACCGCAGUAACUCCGGAAGUUUCGUUCCCCAUGGUUCCUCAAGCCAGGGCCUUCAGGCUAAGAAGUUUCAUACUUGCCAGCUCGAAGGAGCAGGUAUGAAUGCUUCCGAGGCGUCGUUUGAGCAGAGAAAGAAGACAAGAGAAGAGAAUGAUUUCAGGGUACCUGUAUUGAACACAGGGAUGGGUCAACGUCAUAGUAGAAAUCAGAACAGCGUUGAGGACGGAAAGCUCGAUCCCUUAAGCCGGACUUAUGCUGGCCGUUCAAUAAAACGCCAAAAUGGCAGGAGGAAUCCAAAUCGGAGCAGUUCUUCAGUCAUCAAUUUAAGAAAAGAGGUUAGAGAGCAGGGUGAAGAAAGUUCCAAAGUAUCCACCAGACAAAAGUUUGAUGGGCCCAAAGCAUCUCCCUCUCAAGAUUGUGGAGGUCUUCCUGCAUCCAGGUUUAUCAGCUUGCAUGGUAAUGAUGAUUGUUCCAGAACUGAUGUUCAAACAAAAGAUAAUGGUUGUGUUGAUCGUGUUGAGUCUGUAAGAGAUAUUGACAACAAUAGAGUUCUUCCCCAACCAAGAAGUGUGUCUCAUUUAGUGGAGGAUCGCGGCAGCCCUGAUGAACCUAAUAAUGAAAGUGAAUGUCGUGAAGUUGAGAUAUGUGCACUACACGUAGUAAAUGGUGAACAAAGUGAUGAUGUUUCUGAGACAUCCAUGGUGGAUUCUGUAUCAGGUGUGGAUAUCUCCCCUGAUGACGUAGUCAGAGUAAUAGGUCAGAAACAUUUUUGGAAAGCAAGAAGAGCAAUUGUCAAGUAAGUUUUUAUUCAAAUUGUUGGUUUUUCAAUUCUUUUUCUUUCUGGUGAUUUAAAUUUGCGAAUUUCUUGUGAAAAGUUUCUAUCUUUAUAUUAACUUGUAUUAACAACAGAACUUUGGUGCUUUAUCAAACAUAGAAAACUGAAAACAUUAAUGCACACUCCCCCACUAGGAGCAUAUCUUGGUUCUUUAGGAGGGGUGGAACAGGAAAUUCUAGUGAAAUAGAUGAGACACGUGGGGUUUUGGAAGCCACUUUCUUUGUGGAAUGGUCAUGGACUCAUGGUCU